ACCCAGUGUUAAAACACGGAAGUCCUGUUAGCACCCUGUGUGUGUGUGUGUGUGCGCGUGUGUGUGUAUGUCUCUCCCACCUCUCUUUAAAGAGACUUUAAAGUGUCAGAGAGGGAGGGGGUCCCGAGGUGCUUCUGCGGCUGCCAGGUGAUCCGCGGCCAGAGGAGAGAUGAGCCGAGGAGGGAAGACCAAAUCGCAGGAUCACGUCCACAGCGUGCUCUUGAGCAUCCAGGAGAACGAGCGGGUGGAGGACCUGCUGGGGAGGAGAUGUGUGACGCUGGCGACAGCUGUGGUUCAGCUGUACAUGGCCGUGCCCCACUCGCCCAACCAGUGGAGCCUGCAGCACACUGCCGUUGUGUGCUUCGUCAAGGACAACCCCAGGCGCUCCUACUUCAUCCGUCUCUUUGACAUCAAGGACGGCAAGCAGAUCUGGGAGCAGGAGCUGUAUGAGGAGAUGACCUACGCCAACCCUCUGACCUACUUCCACACCUUCCCAGCAGACGACUGCCAGGUGGGUCUGAAUUUUGCGAGUGACCAGGAGUCCGCGGCCUUCAGGGAAGCUGUGGAGGACAAGAUCUCUCAGAGGGCAGAGCGCCAAGAGAGGAGACAGCACAACACAAGGAAUGAUAAACGCGGUCUGCCGCCACUGCCCCCUCCAAAUGCUCCAGGAUCCUCGCCAGCACCCAUGGCCAGCGUGGAUGUCCCUGACAUAUCGCCAUCACGCUUUCUCUCCUCCGGCCCGAGCUCUGUUCUGUCCAGCAUCACCAAAGGCAAGAAGGACAAGAAGAGCAAGAAGAAAGGAGGCAAAUUCAGCAAGGCCGACAUCGGCGCCCCUAGUGGAUUUAUGCAUGUGACACAUGUUGGAUGGGACCCAAAUAAAGGCUUUGAUAGCCAGAAACUGGACCCAGACCUGAAGAAACUCUUCGCCAAGGCUGGAAUCAGUGAGGAUCAGCUAAUGGACGCAGAGACCUCCAAGCUGAUCUAUGACUUCAUCGAGCAGCAUGGGGGGUUGGAUGGGGUCCGCAUGGAGAUGAGGAAACAAGACGCAGACACCUCUCGGGGCAGAUCUGACCCCCUGCCUCCGAUACCCGCCAGUGGCCGCUCUGUUCCUGCACCCCCUCCCCCGCGUGGCGGCCACGGCCCGCCACCUCCCCCGAGUCAUGCUCCACAAGGGCAUGGAUCCCGCAGCCUGGCGCCUCCCUCCAACCGUGGUCCGCUGCCCCCUCCUCCGCCCGCUGGCCGGCCGGGGCCCCCACCCCGCCCCCCGCUCUCCACCUCCCACCUGCCUCCUCCACCUCCUGGUCAUGCCUACUCAGCGGGACCUCCGCCGCCUCCGCCGGUGGGUGGCGGAGGGGGACCUCCACCUCCUCCUCCCCCGCCCCCCCCACCUGCGCCUGGCCCAGUGUGCAAUGAUGGCAUUCCUCGGAGCCCGUCUACUCCUCCUGCUGCUCCAUCCGGAGGAGGAGGUGGAGGGGGUAGAGGUGCCCUGCUGGACCAGAUUCGGUCGGGCAGGAAGCUAAAGAAUGUGUCAGACAGUCCCGACCCACACCCCUCAGCUGCGGCUCAGCCUGAGGAGGGAAUCGUGGGAGCGCUCAUGAUGGUGAUGCAGAAGAGGAGCAAAGCCAUCCAUUCCUCAGGAGAUGAAGAGGAUGAGGCUGAUGACGAUGAUGAUGAUGAAUGGGAUGAUUAAAUUUGUCCUGCAGGUUACAUUUCAAAGUUUUGCCUCACAAAUGGUUUUCCAUCAUCAUUGUGCUGUGCCUUUUUGUAAUAUAAUACCUUUGCAAACAUCUCAGAUCAUAUAGGUCUUAAAUUCUCAAUAUAUUCUACACUCAUGUUACGUAAAAUAUUAGGAAUGUUACACUGUUUGAUCAUGAAGCAAUACAAAGAAGCUUUUGAUUAACUUUAGACAUGAACAUCAAUACAUCAAUGUGGAUGCAUGCACAUAGAAAAUAAUAGUAAUUAAAAAGUUCAACUUCA